AAAGGGGGGGGGUCACUUGGAGCGGAAGUGCGGCCAGGCGCGGGGCCCCGGGUCUGACAGGAGCAGCGCACGCUCCACGGUCCUCUUUGGCGGCGGGAGCGGGGCACCGAAGCUACACGCCCUCCCCCGCUCUGCUAUGGGCCUCCUGUCGGACCCGGUGCGCCGGCGCGCUCUUGCCCGCCUAGUGCUGCGCCUGAACGCACCGCUCUGCCUGCUGAGUUAUGUGGCAGGAAUCGCCUGGUUUUUGGCUCUGGCUUUCCCGCCGCUGACCCAGCGAACUUACAUGUCGGAGAACGCUAUGGGGUCCACCAUGGUGGAAGAACAGUUUGUGGGCGGAGAACGCGCCCGGGUCUUUGCUCGGGACUUCGCUGCCUACCGGAGAAAGUCGGGGGCUCUGCCAGUGGCCUGGCUGGAGCGGACGAUGCGAUCAGUAGGGCUGGAGGUCUACACGCAGAGUUUCUCCCGGAAACUGCCCUUCCCAGAUGAGACCCACGAGCGCUAUAUGGUGUCAGGCACCAACGUGUAUGGCAUCUUGCGGGCCCUUCGUGCUGCCAGCACCGAGUCCCUGGUGCUCACUGUUCCUUGUGGCCCAGACUCUACCAAUAGCCAAGCGGUGGGGCUGCUGCUAGCACUUGCUGCCCAUUUCCGAGGACAGAUUUACUGGGCCAAAGAUAUCAUCUUCCUAGUGACCGAACAUGAUCUUCUGGGCACUGAGGCUUGGCUUGAAGCCUAUCACGAUGUCAAUGUUACUGGCAUGCAAUCAUCCUUCCUGCAGGGCCGGGCUGGGGCCAUUCAGGCAGCAGUAGCUCUAGAGCUGAGCAGUGAUGUGGUUACCAGCCUUGACGUGAUUGUGGAGGGACUCAAUGGACAGCUGCCCAAUCUUGACCUGCUCAACCUGUUCCAGACCUUCUGCCAGAAAGGGGGGCUGCUGUGUACACUUCAGGGCAAGCUGCAGCCCCAGGACUGGACAUCGCUGGACGGACCACUGCAGGGCCUGCAGACCCUGCUGCUGAUGGUUCUGCGGCAGGCCUCUGGCCGCUCCCAUGGCCCCCAUGGCCUCUUUCUGCGCUAUGGGGUGGAGGCUCUCACCCUUCGUGGCAUCAAUAGCUUCCGUCAGUACAAGUAUGACUUGGUAGCAGUGGGAAAGGCUUUAGAGGGCAUGUUCCGAAAGCUCAACCAUCUCUUGGAACGCCUGCACCAGUCCUUCUUUUUCUACCUGCUCCCUGCCCUCUCUCGAUUCGUCUCCAUCGGUCUCUACAUGCCUGCUGCCGGCUUCUUGCUCCUGGUCCUUGGUCUCAAGGCUCUGGAGCUGUGGAUGCAACUGCACGAGGCUGGAGUGGGCCCUGAAGAGGGUGGGGGGUCCCCUGGACCCAGCUCCUCCCUCCUCUCAGCACAGGGUGUGGGGCUGGCCUCGCUCGUCGCACCCCUUCUGAUCUCUCAGGCUGUGGGCCUAGCCCUCUACAUCCUGCCUGUGCUGGGCCAACACGUGGCCACCCAGCACUUCCCAGUAUCUGAGUCUGAGGCUGUGGUGCUGACACUGCUGGCAAUUUAUGCAGCUGGCCUGGCCCUUCCACACAACACACACCGGGUAGUGACCACACAGGCUCCAGACAGGGGCUGGAUGGCCCUGAAACUGGUGGCCCUGAUUUACCUAGCACUACAGCUGGGCUGCAUUACCCUCACAAAUUUCUCACUGGGCUUCCUGCUAGCUGCCACCAUGGUGCCUGCUGCUGUACUCACCAAGCCCCAUGGGCCCCGGCCACUCUAUGCUGCCCUGCUGGUGUUGACCAGUCCAGCAGCUGUGCUCCUGGGCAGCUUGUUCCUGUGGCGAGAACUGCAGGAGAUGCCACUGUCACUGGCUGAGGGCUGGCAGCUUUUCCUGUCAGCACUGGCACAAGGCGUGCUAGAGCACCACACUUACGGUGCCCUGCUCUUCCCACUGCUGGCUUUGGGCCUGUAUCCCUGCUGGCUCCUCUUCUGGAAUGUUCUUUUCUGGAAGUGAGGUCUGCUGUCUGGACACAUGCUGGGGCAGGGCUACCCAAGACCCCCAUUCUACCUCUUCCCUGGAAAAUAAAUAAGUGCUCUGUUUCAGCUGUU